AAGUGACGUCACGGCGGAAACUCAAGAUGGUGGUCAAUGUGUUGAAGCCAGACUUCAACAGGCUGGGUGGCUCUGAGAUAGGGCACAUGGGGCAAUUUUAGAUGGUUUCUUCCGAAAACAGUAGUUAACAACACGAUAAAAGUGUUGGGUUUCUUAUAGUUGGUACAAGCACGGAUUACUUGGAUUUGGUUCUUUCAGGCGAAGGGGGUUUUUAAACCCCAAAGAGAGCUCCGGUGUAAUGGAGGGCGAUUAUUUGACAUCCGUGGAGACGCUGGAUCCGUGCUUGUCAGAGCUGGGAGAUGAAUUCACCUUGGGGGACAUUGACGAAAUGUUGCAGUUUGUCAGCAAUCAAGUUGGAGAUUUUCCAGAUCUCUUUGAGGACCAGCUGAAUCCUAACCUUGCACCUUCCAGUGAUCCUACUGUUCAUGCUGGGCUCAGAAACUUCAGACCAUCACCACCACAGCAGCAACAGCAACAGAUGAUGACACCAACCCACCCACAGACCCAACACCCAGCCCAGCAGCAGUUAUACUCACCCCAGUCUGUUGGGGUGAGUCCAGUUCAGGCUGCCCCCCAGUUAGUCCCUGCUUCUGUAAACCAGUCACCUCAGCCCCUAACUCUGAGUCCUGCACAAACCCCUCAUUUGGUGCCAGUGACUAAUCUGGGGUCCUCUGUGGGCAGUGCCCAACCCCGCAGCGCCCCCUUGCUCCAACCCAGACCCCCACAACAGAUUCAGCAGUCCCUGCCACAAACUCAAACACAGACUGUUAUGUUGACGCCAAGUCAGGCUCAAACCAGGAUAAUCCAGCAUCCUGUCAUCUAUCAGAGCCCUACUACAGGAUUCCAGGUUCUUCAGCCUCAAGUUCAAAGCCUAGUGACUUCAUCUCAAGUUCAGCCAGUGACAAUCCAGCAUCAAGUGCAAACCCAGCGAGUGCUGACGCAGACUGGAGCCAGUACUAUUCAAACCUUGGCACCAGCGUGCACCCAGACUUUUCAAACACUGACCUCUGCUCCUCCAACAGUGCAGACUGUACCCCAGCAAGUACAGCAAGUACCGGUGCUUGUCCAUCAGCCUCAGAUCAUCAAGACGGACUCUUUGGUUCUUACAACUCUGAAGCCAGAUGGAACACAGGUUCUGUCCACCAUGCAGAACCCCGGCAUCACCACACUGACCACACCUCUCCAAACAACUGCCCUCCAAGUCCCGACUUUGGUGAGUGGGAACAGUGCCAUCCUCACGACUUUGCCUGUUGUGGUGGGCCCAGAGAAGGUGCCUAUCAAGCACAUGUCUACUUCUGGUGGAGGUGGAGUGAAGAUGUCUCAAGAAAUGGGAGGAGGUGGAGGAGGUGGUGGCUUGAAAGAGGGUGAACGACGAACCACUCACAACAUUAUUGAAAAAAGAUACCGCUCCUCUAUCAAUGAUAAGAUUCUUGAGCUAAAAGACCUGGUAAUGGGUACCGAUGCAAAGAUGCAUAAAUCCGGAGUUCUGCGGAAAGCAAUUGACUACAUCAAAUAUCUGCAGCAAAUGAACCAGAAACUGCGUCAAGAAAACAUGGCUUUGAAGAUGGCAAAACAGAAAAACAAACAGACAAAAUGUGUGGACCUAAACAGCCUCCUCGACACUGACAUAGAAAUGAAAACUGAUGAUUUCAAACCGAACUUGCUGAUCAUGUCUCCUCCUGCCUCUGAUACUAGUUCACCUGCCGAGCUGUCUCCAUAUUCCAUUGAUUCUGAACCUGGAAGCCCACUUCUGGAUGACAAGGUUAAGGAUGAGCCAGACUCGCCACCUACCCUGGGAAUGCUGGAUCGUUCACGAAUCCUAUUGUGUGCCCUCACGUUCAUCUGUCUUUCCUUUAACCCACUCACCUCCCUUCUAGGGAACCAUGCUAUGGAUGAUGCUCUAGGAUCAAAGGUGCAAGGGCCAAGUAGAACCAUGCUAGGACUUCAGAGCACAGAUCUUCCCGGCAUAGGUUGGUUAGACUGGAUUUUGCCCACGCUGCUUCUCUGGAUGGUUAAUGGUGUAAUUGUGGUCAGUGUGUUUGCAAAACUCUUGCUUCAUGGAGAGCCAGUCACUCCAUUGCACUCUCGGUCAUCUGUCACUUUUUGGAGACACCGCAAGCAAGCAGAUCUGGAGUUGGCAAGGGGUAACUACGCAGCUGCAGGUUCCCAUCUCCAAACCUGCUUGUCAGUGCUGUCCCGUGCCCUACCCUCAUCACGCCUUGACCUGGCCUGCUCUCUUUCUUGGAACUUAAUUCGGUAUGGCUUGCAUCGAGUUACCCCCAUGCGCUGGAUCCUUCGACAAAUAGGAAGUCGCUGCGAAAGAGCAGGAAUUAGGGAGGAAGAAGCCAAAACGAGCGCCAGAGAUGCUGCUCAGGUAUACCACAAGCUACAUCAGCUGCAGGUGACAGGAAAACUUCAUUGUAGCACUUUGUGGGGUCUGAACUUGGCCUUGAAUGCUGUAAACCUGUCAGAGAGUGCCCAGGAGAAAGUGCCACCAUGUCUGCAAGCUGAAAUGUAUAUCACUACUGCAGUGUCUUUGAAAACUGCUCUCCGCAGCCGCUUCAAUUUCUUACCAGGGUAUCUACUUGGUUGUGCAGAAGCUGUGGUAAGCCAGACGGACUCCAGGACCCUUCCAGACUCCUUGUGUUGGUUGUUCAGCCCCUUAGGGCAUCGGUUCUUCCUCAGCUGUGAAUGGUCAGUUAAAUCAGCAACCAGGGACAGCCUUUAUACCUCUUACAGGGAUCCAGUUGACCCAAUUGCACAGGUCCAUAGGGCAUUCUGUGAAAAGCUGCUGGAGAGGGCUGUGCACUCCCUUAUCAAGCCAGACUCCAACUUGGACCCAGCGAGAGAAGAGAGUGGGGAGUUUGCAGGUGCACAGGAAUAUCUACAACUCUUGAAGAGCUAUUCUGAGGACAGUGCUUCAAAUGGUCAACCUUUUACUGUUUCAACGGGUUUGGCUCCCUUUAGAGGUGGAGAUCCUGUGUGCCGCUGGUGGUCACUAGUCCUUAGCAUGGUUGUUCAGUGGCUCCAGGGUGAUGAUGCUGUUAUAAAAUCUUACCUGCCUGAAAUAGAACGGAUGCCUAAGGCCCUGCAGUUUCAUGACCAUCCACUGCCCAAGGCCAUUCUUCAUCUUUGUAGGGCAAUGCAGGGCUGUCUGCUUUCCAACAAAGCUGAGGCUCUGCAUUGUUCCUUGAUGCAGUGUGAAAAGGCCAGCAGCUACCUCAGAGGAAGUCUAAAUUUACCCACGAGUAAUAUCAGUGAUGGGCUGAAUAAGGCAGUGGAGAUGCUCAUCUGUGACUUGUUGCUGACCCUGCGGACAGAUCUCUGGCAGCGAGGUAGUGAGGUAGGAGGAGAGCCAACCCUUGUUUCUGGAGCACAGUUAGCUGGCUUUCAGAGAGACCUGAGCAGCCUUCGGAAGUUGGGACACUGCUUCAGAGAGGCGCAGCGCAAGAUGUUCCUCCAUGAAGCCACAGUGCGAUUAAUGGCAGGAGCAAGUCCAACACGAACACAUCAACUGCUUGAACAUAAUCUGCGCAGAAGAACAGCUCCAAACUGUGACUCUAAAGGUUCCAGUGCUAGUCUUCCAGGAGAGAGGGAGCGAGCUCAUGCCAUCUUGUUGGCAUGUCGGCAUCUACCCUUGCCUCUUCUGACUCCCCCUGGACAGCGAGCAGUGCUCCUAGCUGAAGCUGCUCGGACAUUGGAGAGGGUGGGAGACAAGCGUUCAGUCCAUGACUGCCAGCAAAUGCUGUUGAAAUUGAGCGGAGGUACAACCAUUGCUGCUUCAUAAUAGCGGGAUUCCAGAAUGGGUGAUAAGGGAGCAGUCUGUCUCUCUUUUUUUUGUUUUGUCCCAAAAUGAAAUAAAACUGUUCUAUUUAUAAUGUAUGACCUUUGGAAUGUCACAUCUGACUUAUCUGCUUUUGUAGCAGUCAAGAAUUGUAAAAUAUAGGGAGGAACCCCAUCAUAGAUUUGGCAGUGUAGAGGUUAUGACGGUAAUCAUUCUGAGGCUUAUCCACAUACUGUCAACAUAGAGAAAGCAGAAAUUAACAUUCAACUGUAUUUAUAUUGAGCAGGAAACCACAUGCAGAGCAUUUUAAAACUUCCUUUUGAGUUCUGUUUGAAUGAAGGUAAAAAUGACCCAUCAACAUUCCCACAGCACGACAGGCAGCUAGUUAAGUUAACACUGGGCUUUUAUACCUUCAACUGACAAUGUUUUUUUAAAGGCUAGAACAUCAUUUCAUCAAUUCUUUUCGCUUCAUUUUUCUGGCAAGAAGACAUCAUGCAGUUGAGGUACUUUUAAUUACUUUAUACCAGUUUAAUUUUUUUGUGUUUGUUGUAUUUAUAAGGAGAUCAUCAGGUAUGGGUCAUUCAAAGGUGUUCAGGUGUUACAAAGUCAGAUCAAUUAAAUGUGUUAAGUCAUUAAAAUUCACCAUUUUGUUGAUUCCCACCUUUGCAAUUCCACUGGGUACCUCCACAUUUGUUUUGUAAGAUUUGAAUUGUUAAAGACAUCUUAUUCUACCUCCUGCUCUUUGUUUUUUCAUUUGUUACACUGGAUGAUAACUAAAUCAUUGAUUUGACGAUGACAUUGGAGAGUCUCGCACCCAGCCGUGAGUGCACAUACACAAACACAGAGGGAGGGAGUGAAGAUUACCGUGGGCCUGUCAUUGAAUCAUUUGUGAUGGUGUUGUACACCCAGUGGACCCCUAUAUCCAGUUUGAACUGUGUAGUUUUAUAAUUGCAAUUACUCAGAUCACACCCUGAGUGGGCUGGUGCUUAUCUGCCCAUUUCCAGAGUACAUGCUCACUGCACCCUGCCAUUACGGGGGAAUCAGUACUGUUUUUAGAUGGAAUCCUUCAGUCAUACCAAGAUGGGUAAUUGACUGAAAAUGAGCCCUGAAAGACCCCAUUUUAAUAAUGUUGAACCAUUGAUGAUAUGCUGAGAAGUGUGUACAAUGGUGAGUGCACACUGAUAUAUAUGUAUAUAUUUGUUUGUAUAUUUAUAUGCUUUGAGUAGGUGGGCACCUGUCACAAUGUUCUCGCCAGUUUCUUGGAAGCGUUCCUUUUAAUGUUUAAUGCUCACCGUUCAAAGGCUUAUUCUAGUGCUUUUUAGGCCAUAAGAGCAGUUUUUAUUUUUUUAUAUAGAUUGUAUUUCAUUGCAUAGCUUCCUGUACAGGUCAAUGGAGUUAUAUUUGUGAGAAAACAAAAAAAAGAACUUUUCAAAUAUUAUUUAGUAAUCAUUUGGAGGAAAAAUACCCCAGGGCACUUCUUUACUACACAAGCAACAUCAUUGGACUCGUUUUCCCCACUUGUGGAGUGGGCUAAAAAAUACUUGAGGGCCCAUUGCCUUGUGGUCAUUUCAGACUCUUGUAAUUCUUACUUCUAAAACUACAUGCAUUUGUAAAUAAAGGAAUCUGUGCAUAUCAAAUGUACCAAACUGUAAUUCAUAUUUUAUUUAACACAGUUUCUGCAUCAGCCCUUGACUGUAACCUCUAUUGUCAAAACUUCUUCUCCAGCAGUACAUUGGAGAUUCCCUCUUAUUGACCCCACUGCAGUUGGUAGGUCUGAUAUUAUUGGGUUUCUGGAUCCACGUCAGAGUUGUUUUUCCAAGACAGCCAUUCACCUUCAGCCAGUGCCAACAUAAAGCAGGGGUUGUAUGCAUGUAGACACAACUCCACGUAUUCUACUGAAGGUUUAGAAAAGUCAGCCUAACUUGAAAAUUUAAAUUGAAUUGACAGAUUGAUUUCCUCCAAGCGCAGAAGUUUUUGUAUGUAUUUUUUUCCUUAUAGUAUGGCAUGAUUUGUUGUGCUGCCCCUUCUUUAUGAUGUCAGACUAACUUUAAAACUAAAUGGUUGAAUGUACAUGAUUGUUUUGGAAUGACGACCUGUGAUGUGACCCCAGGAACAUCUGAAAUCCAUUGAUGUAACCAAUAUUGUAUGUGACCAAUAUUCUAAAAUUUAGCGAAUGGCCACAGAUAGGCUCUCAGGAGGAAAUGAAAUGAAUUUUGAAUUGAAAUUCUACAAAUUGUAAACGGCAUAUCUGGAGAUUGCGAUGGGAGAAAAUGAACAGUUCCUAGGAUUAUCUGUGAUUAAAAACAAAAGUAGGAGUGCCAGGCUUACUUCCAGCAAUCACAUUUUGUAGAAGAGAAGGGGCUGAGGCGUGAAAUUAGGAGGGGGCGUUCAGCAGAGGUGCCUGCUCACUUCUGCUUGGUGCUGGUGGUCUGUAAGAUGGAUACCCCACCCCAUGCUUUGGUUUCAGUAACAGUUCCACAUUUGCUCUGAAGCAUAUGUUUUAAGGACCUUGUGUGAAAUUUUUCUAUGUUUAUGUAUGUUUGAAAGUUUUAAUUUAUGUUGAAAGUUAUAUUCAUGAGCACUUGUUUAAAAGUAAUUGAUUUUAUGUAACUAGUGUAAAAAAGUCAUCUUUGUGUGGUGUCUUGAGUUUGUACAAUAUUUUUAUCAGUUAUUCCUGCUGCUGCUGCACAUCACAUCAACAAAUCUAGUACUUGGGGAUACAAUGCAGAGCAUUUUGAUUUUUGUUUUGUAAAUCUUACUUUUAAAAUAAAAAAGUUGUGCCUCCA